AUGUCUGUAUGGGAAGUUCGCCUGUCCACCUCCAAGGGUUUACCCUACUACUUCAACACACAGACCAAGCAAUCGACGUGGGACAAGCCUUCUGAAUUAACCGACGAACAAGUCAAACAACUUCCUGGUGCCAAGGAAUAUUUGAGUGGAGGGAGAAAGCCAGCUGGCGCUCAUGCCGGACAGGUCAGAGCUAGCCAUUUGUUGGUGAAGCAUAAGGAUAGCCGGCGCCCGUCGAGUUGGAAGGAGAGCAACAUAACUCGCACCAAGGAGGAAGCCAUUGAGAUCUUGAAGGGAUACGAAGCGGAAAUUAAUGGCUCUCCGGAAAAGUUCGCCGAACUCGCCACGAAACAUUCCGAUUGCUCUUCUCAUUCGAAUGGUGGUGACCUUGGCUGGUUUGGGCACGGCCAGAUGCAAAAGGCUUUCGAGGAUGCGACUUAUGCUUUGGAGGUCGACAAAAUCAGCCCGGUGAUCUCGUCUGACAGCGGUGUUCACCUUAUUUUGCGAACUGGGUAA